CACUCAGUUUGAGUUCCUCACCGCGACAGCUCCUCCUCCUCCUCCAUCUUCUUCGCUCUUUGCCUCGGUCCGAAAUGAAGAUGUUUCGGGUUGCAAUACAGUCCUUUAACAGCUUAUCAUGCCGAAUUCAGCGGCCCCAGAUGAUCAGAAGUCUCUCUACAAGUCCAAUUUCAAAUAAUGAAAAUGAUGAUAACCAAAAAAAAAACUCAUUUGAGUCUGCUGAUGACUUUGAGCACCGGAUAUUUGCUGGGACUUCAGGGAGCAAUCCAAAUUCUGAUUCCUUCUACCAAAAGCUUGAUAGACUUGAAAAGGCUCAUGACAUAUAUCGUUUGGGUUCUAAACUGAAUGGAGGAAGUGGUUCACAGUUUUUGGAUGGUCUGGAUGAGAGUUUCAAUACAUUGUCGGAUGGGAUGGAUGGGAAAUUGAAGAAAGAGGCCACAUAUUUUGAAUUCAAUCCUGAUGAAAUAGAUCAAGAGGAUUAUGCUUUCAGACCAGAUGUGGCUUUUAAGCCUGGAAUGACUUACGAACCAAAGGACCUUGAUCUUACAAAACCAGGAAUACGCAAAUCUUACAAAAGGCCAGAGUUUGAAGUAACUACAGAGGAAGUUUUGAGAAAGGCAGAUUUCAGGAAUGUGAGAUUCCUUGCCCAUUUCAUAACGGAGGCUGGAAUUAUCAUCAAAAGGAGCAAGACUGGCAUUAGCGCCAAAGCCCAGAGGAAGGUUGCAAGGGAGAUCAAAACUGCCAGAGCUUUUGGUUUAAUGCCUUUCACAACAAUGGGGACAAAGGCAUUUGUUUUUGGAAAAACAAUGGAAGAUCUUGACGAGGACUUUGAGUAUUACAGAAGUGUGGAUCCAGAGGAAACUCAAGACCCUCUUGACCCCCCUCUUGAACCCUAGAUUUCUCAUUUUCAAGUUUUGCACAUUAUUUGCUUCCCCAGGAAGUGGAAUAUUUUAAAUUUUAGUGAAUGCUAUUGAUAAACAGCCCCUUAUUUCCAAUCAAGAUGGUAUGUAAUGAACUUUACAUUUCAUUUCUCAUCUCAA